UUCGUUCCAAACAAUUAAUUGAAGACAUUGAUGGGGAUGAUAUCACUGCAGUGGAUGCCAAACAAACAUUACUGUUUGUAUACCAGACAGCUUGGCAAAGUAGACUCCUACUACGUUAUGGUCAGGAUAUCUACCUCCUGGAUGCAACUUAUAAGACAUCAAAGUAUGCACUGCCACUGUUCUUUCUUUGUGUAAAGACCAAUGUCAACUAUCAAGUUGUUGCAUGUUUUGUGCUCCAAAACGAAUGUCAAUCAGACAUUCAGGAAGCUCUUGUAAUUCUAAAGUCUUGGACACCUGGCUGGAACCCAAAGUUUUUCAUGACUGACAAAUGUGAAGCUGAAAUAAAUGCUGUUGAAAGUAGUUUUCAAGAUUGUAAAGUGCUUCUAUGUGACUUCCAUCGUGAACAAGCAUGGGAAAGAUGGGUCAAGAAAACAGAUAAUGGUGUUGGAGACAGAAAAAAGGCAGUUUUAUCUGGGUUGAGAGCAGUGGCGAAGGCAGAAAAUAUGGUUGAGCUCAAAAGUGCUGUAGAUUCCCUUACAAACAGUGAAGCUUAUACACAAAAUGCAAAGCUACAAACCUACUUUCAAAGUGCAUGGUUGCCACAGAAGGAGAGAUGGGUUUCACUUUACCGAUUGGGGAAGAUGCGUGUGCCAAUUGGUACGAACAACGGGGUGGAGAGACAAAACAAAAUGCUCAAGGAAUGUCACUUGAAGUUUCAAGUUGACAAAUCUUUAUCUGGGCUUUUAAAAGUGCUUCACUAUGACUUUUUUCCAGAGGCCUUAAAAAAAUAUACAAACGAAAACACCCUGGCUUCAGGUUCAUACAGGCUGUACAAAGUUGUGACCCCAUCAUAUCUACACAAUCGGCCGCAACAUGUUGUUCAUCAUUGCAUGAAAAGAAUAUGCAACGCUUUGGCAAUAUCCUCUAAUGAUAUUGUUCGAGUUGACACAUCUUCAUUUACUGUGCGGAGCAGUUGUGGUAUACUAAUGUAUGAUGUUUAUUUGGGAAAUGAGUCUGACUUUCCCAAGUGCACUUGCCCAGAUUUUAAAUAUUAUUUCCUUCCUUGCAAACACAUGUUUGCUAUAUUCAGUAAGUAUAAUGAUGUUUCAUGGGCAUCCUUACCAACAUGGUAUACUGACUCUGUUGAAAAUUAA